AACAAGUGACGUUGACAACUUUUUGGUUAAAGAUGAUGAAGGUAUUACUGAAGAAUCUGAAGCAAAAGAGGUUGAAUAUAGUAAUCUAGAAAUUGUGGAGCGUUUUGAUAUCGAAAAUAUAGUAUACUUAAAUGAUGAAAUAUUUCAAGAUAGUGAAUAUGAUACUGAUAGCAAAGAAUUACAAAAUACUGAUGAUGAUGAUGAGUCGAUGGUUGGCAAUAAAGUAGGGCAAGGCAUAUUUGAUUUUGAUUCUACGGAUCUAGCAGCAGAUUUAAUAAGAGAAUGGGGUUAUGAUAAUGAAGAUAAUGGGUUAAGUAGAACAGACCAGUGCAUUAAUAAUAAUUCAAAUACUGUAGAUGAAGAAGAUGCUAGUAAAAAUUUAAGUGUAGAGAAUGAUAGUAUAAAUUUGGAAUCUUUACUUAUAGCACUUUGA